AUGUCGGCGGCAGCAGACGCGACAACAGCAAGCUCGGCAGCAAUGCCACAAAGCCCAGCACCAGCCAUUCUCCCAGCGCGCGAGACCUCCUACGCCCUACAGCGGCCCGACUCCCAAGCCAGCAAGACAGCGCCAAUCUCUCCAACCCUCCUCCGCAGCCCCAGCGACGACCGCGUGUUGCUGCCAGUCAAGUGCCAAUACAACACUGUGAAGCGAUACUGGGCUGAGGAGAAGAAGGCUUGA